AUGGCUGAAAUGCCCCUCCAAAAGUUGACGACACCAAAAUUGGACGUCUUCUUCCAUCCGGCCACCGCCCUUUUUGAUAGGAUCCAAAAUGAGUUAUCGUUUUACUCGCUCCCCUUUGCCGACCACAAGGGGGCCUACCGAGCGCUACUGACGCGCCUUGUCGCCGCCCUCUUUAUCCUGACAGAGGAUGCCUCUAUUCGGACCGUGGCGGGGCUCCUAGACGCCCUGCUGGCUCGCAUGCCUACUAGCGCUGUUCUCUCGUUUGCGGAGCCGGAGAUGCUUGUAGCUGCCCUGGGGGCGCCUCAUCCAGCCGCUAACCUCCUGGCCUUGGAUAUCCUGCGCCGAGCUGAGGGUACCGAGGGCGCCGAGGUGGUGCUGGAGCGGGAGGUUGUGGAUGCGUUGGUGAACUGUUGGUUGCGCUCAAAGGUAGUCGAGGUUGCCCAGCGUGGAGAAGAGGCCAUUGAGAACCUAUUGAGGCGGACGGCGCGAGGGGACGCUGCCCUUACGGAUGCUGCUCAACGACUCUCCCUUGAAGAUGAUGAAAACGAGGAAGAGUACGUGCUAGACAUGUGGGAGGAUCUCCUGCGCGGACAGGCAGCUAUCGCGAUCGUAGAUAUCUGCGUCCAGGACACGGACGAACGCCAGGCCUCCCUCUCGCAGACCCGCCUUCUCGGCCUUCUACCCCGCCUUGCGCGUCUUGACUUUCCUGCACUUGCAUCCGCCACUCUACCCCGUCGCCCGGCUAGCUCUAACACCCUCCUGCAGAUGGCGAUCGACUUCGUUGACAGGGAUGAUAUCGCCAUGUAUCUCGUCCUCGUGCAGUUCUACAAGGACCUCUUCACCCAAGUCUUCGCUGCCGUCUCCCCUCAGACUCGGGCAACAGUGAUGGCCAGCCGGGAAAUCCCGCAGCCGGUGAGCGUUUCACAGACUUUGUGA